UGGCGGAUCCAGAACUACAGCUGGGGCAGACCAACUGGGGGUCCCACGCAAUUCCCUGGACUAGCACAAUCACCAGUGGGAGGGAAGGCAGGUUCCUCUUCAUUUCCCUUCUCUUCUUCAUCUUCGUACCUCAAGGGACAUCCUGGCCCCACAAUUACAGGUAUUUGUACAACGACUGCCCCGGUCCUGAGUGGAACGCUAUGUGUUCGGGCUGUUGUGAGUAUGAUGUGAUCCGCUGCAAAUGCCCCCUGCAGGGGACUUCGGUGGGCUAUUCUGUGCCCUGCUGCCGCAACGCCAUCAACGAGUGUGACCCCUGCAUCAUCCAUCCAGGUUGCAGCAUAUUUGAGAACUGUAAGCGGUGCAACAAUGGAACGUGGGGUCCCAGGGAUGACUUCUUCGUCAGGGGCCAAUUCUGUGCUGAGUGUCGUCCUGGAUGGUCUGGUGGAGAUUGCAUGAAGUGCGGUGGGGUGAUCCAUAAACGACAGGGCCACAUGGUGCUGGAGAGCUACCCAAACAAUGCUCGCUGUGAGUGGACAAUACAGGUGGACCGGCCUUUUACGAUCGAACUCAGGUUUAUGAUGCUGAGUUUGGAAGCACAUCCCACAUGUCGCUAUGACUACGUGGAGGUCAGAGAUGGCGACAGCAUCAACUCUCGUGUCGUGGCUCGGUUAUGUGGCAACAACAGACCUGCUCCCAUUCAGAGUUCUGGAAACAGUCUACACAUUCUUUUUGAGUCGGACGGCUACAAGAACUUCGAUGGCUUCUUCGCCACGUUCCAGGAGAGCUCAGCCUGCAGCUCCUCUCCUUGCCUACAUGAUGGAACUUGUAUCCUAGACAGCUCUUUCGCGUAUCGCUGUGCCUGUCUGGCUGGCUAUGCAGGAAAGAGGUGCGAAAAUGUGGUAGGAUGCCAUAGGCCACCUGUGCCUACCCACGGAUCCACACAGGGAGUGUUUCAUCACUCAGGGGCGCGCGUCACUUUCCAGUGUGAUUCAGGCUUUGAGUUGCGGGGGUUUUCUACUGCCAUCUGCUUGACUGAUGGCACCUGGAGUGCGCCUUCCCCGCAAUGUGUUCCAGUGGAAAGGGUCUGUGUUCUACCACCAAAGCCAGCACACGGGGACCACUUCUUGGUUUAUGGGCCCAAUGAUGUUUUAAUCGCUCUUCAGUACCUUUGCCACCAGCCUUAUGAACUCACUGGAGUCUCUCAGAGAACCUGCCUAUCUAACAAUUCCUGGAGUGGAAGUCCACCUGAUUGUAGGAGAGUGAAUAACACACUCACACAAGCUGGAAAAGAAAGGGAAGAAGCUGGAGGGGAGACAGGAAAAAGAGAAGACAAAGAAAUACAUGGUGAUAAAAAUGUCAGCAAAGACACAAAAAGCGUUGAAAAAGAAAGUGAUCUCAGGAAUACAACGAGAGAAGACAAAAACACUGGUGUUCGUCCCGAGAAAACUGGGUCUGAGGAAAAAAAUAACGGUCGGGAUAAAGCGACGAGCAGCGGUGAAGACCAAGAAGACAAAGAACCUGAAAUAGUCAAACCUGGGAAGGGAGAAGACAGCCAUUCCCCAAAGUCGGAGACAGAUAUCACUGAGAUAGAGGUGAUAAAAGACAAAGGGCAGGAAGAGAAGGAAAGAAAAGAGGAGCAAGUGAAUGGAAAGAAAAACUCAGGGAAGGUCGGACCAAACGACACGAAGCUGAGGACGGUCGUCUCGGAGGAAAUGAACACAGUCAACAUAUUGGAACAGGGAACGGCGAAGAACGACACAGUCAAGGACGAUAUCAAUGACAUCAAGAAAAAAAGCAAUAACACGACAGGUUUUCCAGAGAGGAAAAUCCUUCCCUCGCAAGUCAAUAUUACACAGUAUACUUUGUAUAGGUCAGGGGGAGAGGAAGGUGGAAAACCAAAAGAAAAAACAACCAUCGGAGAAGGCAAAGCAGAGACAAGUCCUACUGAAACACCAAAAGAGGAACCUGAUAUGGACGGGGAAGAGGAAGAGCGAUGGAAGGACAUCAACCAAAGUUUCACUGAGAGGAUGUGCCCUCCUCCCCCUCGCCUCUAUCACGGCUAUCACAGAUCGGUGCCAGGGACCAAGCCUGAGACAGUAGAGUUCUUCUGUAAUCACUCCUACGCUCUGAGUGGAGACUUCCAAUGGAGCUGCCAGCCAAAUGGUACCUGGAGCGGCAAACAGCCUCUCUGUGUUCGAGCUUGUCGGGAACCCAAAGUUUCAGAAUUGGUCCGACAAAGAAUUCACCCACCUCAAGCACCAUUCAGAAAGACACCAGUACACAAGCUGUACUCCUCUGCAUUGGGCCGACGGGUCCAGUCAGAGGGUCCCACGACAAGCCCACCAAUACUCUCCCAGCUGGCUCAAGGCUUCCAUCACCUCUACACUCAUAUAGAGUAUGACUGUGUGUCUCCUUUCUACCAACACAAUGGCAGCCCUCGGCGGACAUGCCUGAAAACAGGCAAAUGGAGUGGGCGUCAUGUCUCAUGUUCACCAGUGUGUGGGAAGCAUCCAACCUUUGAUCCUGAGAGGCCGGGAGAGGUUCACUGGCCUUGGCUGGCAGCCAUCUACCGCCGCACCACCAAUGGUGCAGGGACCAAGGUGACCAAGGCAGACAGCCACUCGGGGUCUGUGAAGAAGGAUGGUGGCGCAAAAUCUGGCAACCAUAUUCGUGAUUCUGACUGGCAGCUGGUGUGCAGUGGGGCUCUGGUUAACCAAAGGAGUGUUGUAGUCGCAGCCCACUGUGUGACAGACCUGGGGAAGGUUUACCCUCUGGAUGCAGCCAAAAUCAAGGUGGUGGUUGGGAAACACUAUCGUGAUGAUCACAGAGAGAGUAAAGGUUUCCAACAUCUGAGGGUUGCCUCCAUCAGCGUUCACCCCAACUAUGACCCCCAUAUUCUUGACUCAGACAUAGCUAUCAUCAAGUUAAUGGACAAAGCAAAGGUUGGAGAGAAAGUGUUGCCCCUCUGUCUAUCAGACAGUCAGGGUGAGGGGGAGAUCUCCGGACAAGGGCUUGUCACCGGCUGGUCUCCACUUCCUGACUCAGAUUUAAAUACUGAUGAGAAAGCAAGAGUCGGACUUGUCCAACUCGCUGACAUUGUCCCAUGCGAGCAGCAAUAUGCCCGAAAUGGUGUGCCAAUCAGUGUUACAGACAACAUGUUGUGUGCAAGCCAGAAGCCUGACUAUGGACCCUCUAACAUAUGUCCCUCUGACACUGGGGGGAUUCUUGUCCUUCCUGCUUACACUGACAACAACCAGAAUCCCUUUGUUGGCAGCAAUCAUGUUGGGAACAAAGGAUUUUGGAGACUUCUGGGACUUGUGAGCUUUGGCUAUGACCAAGGAGAGUGUGAUCCUGACCUCUAUACGGUCUACACACAUGUAGCAAACUUCAAAGUCUGGAUCGAGAGUCAUAUGAAAUAGAAAUCGUAACAUGUGACUCAUAAUAUUUAAAUGCACAUGCUUAUUUCUGUUCCUUUUUGUUUGUUUGUUCAAUCUGGUCACCCAGCAGUCUCAUUUUUGUAGUGUUUUGCACAAACGCAACACUGGACAACACUGCGCUUUAAGUCAGGGGCGUCAAACAUAUUUUCAAGAUA